CACACUUCCUCUCUCCCUAUCUGAUGCACACACACAGACAAGCUUCUUUCUCUCACUUCACCGCUCACUCCCUCGCUCGCUCUCAGUCGUCAUUCUGUAACCGCACGGACGCGCUCCACUUUGGUACAGCUCCUGUGUAUUUCCCAGCUAUUCCGAAAAGCUCUUGUCUCUAACUCGCACAGCGCAUUACACUCGCAAGAGAUCCCUUCUGUUCCGGCGUGGGCUCAAACUGUACACAGAGAGCGGGAUAAUGAAAGAAAGGCACCAAAGAGGAAAGCAGGGUGAGAGAGGGAAUUAAAAGAGGAGUGAAAGCAGCAAAGGAAAAAAAAAAAACAGUCUGCUCUUGCGAAAAGGUGGGAGGACAGUUUGAUUCAGUGAUCAUUUGGAAUAAACUGGCUACGCCUCUGCUCUAAAGUGUCCCGCUAAAGGUGAUGAGGCCAUAAAUCUCUGAGUGGCAUCCUGACAGAGCCAAGAAAACUGCUUUGUGGGCACCGGCACAGCCCCCUCCCCCACCCCCCCACCCAUUCCCCAUAACCACCGUCACAAGUUGUUUCAGCGUGGCUCAGCUCUCAGCACUGGACUUUAACUUGGGGACCUGAACCUCACAGAUCGCCAAUGCUAACAAGGAACUGCCUGCUGCUGUUCCUCUGGAUUCUUGUCGACGAAGGCUCAGUCUCUUGUUUACGUCCACCUACACCACCACUGGGACGGAGCAGGACGGGGAGGGAGCACGCCAGGAGCUUGGUGGGCCCGAUGAGGAAUGGGGCAGCUGGAUUUCAACGGGUCAAAAGGGGCUGGGUGUGGAACCAGUUCUUUGUACUGGAGGAGUACAUGGGGUCAGACCCGCAGUACGUGGGCAAGCUGCACACUGACCUCGAUAGGGGCGAAAAUGCGGUGAAGUACACUCUCUCGGGAGACGGGGCUGGCUCCAUUUUCACAAUUGACCAAACAACGGGGGACAUCCAUGCCUUAAGGAGUCUUGACAGGGAGGAGAAGCCUUACUACACCCUGCGCGCCCAAGCAGUUGACAUGGACACCAAUAGGCCCCUAGAGCCUGAAUCAGAAUUUGUCAUCAAGGUUCAAGACAUCAACGACAAUGAGCCAAAAUUCCUGGAGGGACCAUAUACGGCCAGUGUCCCUGAGAUGUCACCAGUAGGGACAUAUGUGACGCAAGUGACAGCCACAGAUGCAGAUGACCCUACCUAUGGAAACAGUGCUAGAGUGGUAUACAGCAUCCUCCAUGGCCAGCCAUACUUCUCUGUUGACCCCAAAACAGGUGUUAUAAAGACAGCCUUGCCUAAUAUGGACCGAGAGGUGAAGGAACAGUACCAGGUAUUAAUCCAGGCCAAGGACAUGGGGGGCCAGCUGGGGGGGCUCGCUGGGACCACCACCAUCAACAUCACUCUCAGCGAUGUCAACGAUAAUCCACCCAGGUUCUCUAAAAGUUUCUUUCACCUACGAGUUCCUGAGUCUUCUGCCGUGGGGUCUGCUGUCGGUAGAAUCAAAGCCCAUGACUUGGACAUCGGGAGAAAUGCCGAAGUAGAGUACACCAUUGUGCCAGGUGAUGGAGGCGCCAUGUUUGACAUCACCACCAAUGAACACAACCAAGAGGGGAUGAUCAUUCUCAAAAGGCCCUUGGACUAUGAAAGCAAGAAGGCAUACACCUUCAAGGUAGAUGCCUCCAAUGCUCAUCUGGAUCCACGAUUUCAAAGCUUUGGGGCCUUCAAAGACACAGCAACAGUGAAGAUUAACGUUUUGGAUGUGGAUGAGCCCCCGGUGUUCAAUAAGCCCUCCUAUGUGAUGGAUGUGUAUGAGGACACACCCGCGGGCACCAUCAUUGGAGCGGUGACGGCACAGGAUUUAGAUGCCAGCAGCAGUCCAGUCAGGUAUUCCAUUGACUGGAAGAGUGACUUGGACAGCUACUUUGACAUUGAUCCAGUGGAGGGAACGAUUUCCACAAACGAACUCCUUGACAGAGAGAGCAUCGCCCAGCACAAUAUCUCCAUCGUGGCGACCAAACUUAAUAGUCCAGUUCUGAGCAGUCGGGUGGCCGUCACCGUCCAUGUGUUGGACAUCAACGAGUUCCCACCGGAACUCUCCAGUCCAUAUGAGACCUUUGUGUGCGAAAAUGCCAAAGUGGGACAGGUGAUUCAGACUUUCAGUGCAAAAGACCAGGAUCUACCGACGGCUGGACAACAGUUCUCCUUCAAAUCACCAAAGGAAGACAUGAUAAACAAGAAUUUCACCAUCCGGGACUUUGGAAACAACACAGCUGGAAUUGUGACAAAGCGGAGUGGCUUUAGACGGCGUUUGCACGAGAUCUAUUUCCUUCCUGUGGUGAUUGACGAUAAUGGCUACCCUCCUAAGAGCAGCACCGGCACCCUGACCAUCCGCGUAUGUGGCUGCGAAGCAGACGGUUCCCUGCUAACUUGCAGCGCUGAGGCCAUCUUUCUUCCCGUGGGUCUCAGCACUGGAGCUCUGAUCGCCAUCCUUCUGUGUAUCAUCAUCCUGUUAGUAAUCGUGGUCCUCUAUGUGGGCUUGAGACGGCAAAAGAAAAAGGAAACUCUCAUGUCGUCCAAGGAGGACAUCCGGGAUAAUGUGAUCCACUAUGACGACGAAGGAGGGGGAGAGGAGGACACGCACGCAUUUGACAUGGGGACGCUUCGCAAUCCUAAGGUUGUCAAAGAGAACCUGUUCCGCAGGGACAUCAAACCUGAGAUGAAGAGAGGUCCCAGGCCGCCCGUCUCUCAGGACAGCGCCGACAUCCGAGAUUUCAUCAACCAGCGUCUGAAAGAGCACGACGUGGACAACUCGGCACCGCCCUAUGACUCCCUGGCCACGUACGCUUACGAGGGCGACGGCUCUGUGGCCGAGUCGCUAAGCUCCAUCGAGUCCCUCGCCGUAGACCUCGAGGAGGACUAUGAUUACCUCAAUGACUGGGGCCCCCGCUUUAAGACACUAGCAGGGAUAUUUGGGGAACAGUCAGAAACUCAGUCGGACUCAACCACCACGGAGAACACACAUUGAUGUUUUUCACAGACUCGAAAAGCAAAUACGUAACAAUGUUCUUUUGGUUGGCGACACACACACACACACACACACACACACACACACACACACACACACACGUUUUACCAUUGUUUUCCUCCCAUGUUAUCUGUUUUCAUCUUUUUUCCAGCUCACCGUUUUCUAUUUUAUGUGGUACUUUACUACCCUGGAAAUCCAGAGUUCUUGCGAGAGCACAAUUUGAAUUUGCUCAGCGAGUCACUCUGGCAUUGAGUAAUGAUGCUCAUUAACUAUGCCCUUGUAGCCGAGCUGCACCAAUCACAUCGGCGUAUCUGAUAUAGGCGGGCCACAGUUUAAUCUACCAGUUAGCUCCGCUGGUAGCUAAGCGUACGGGGCUCUGGAUUCGUCACCCCGUGUUUUUUUUGUGAUUGGUCGUAGUGUUAUCCAAUAGCGUGCAGUGAGAUUUUCAAAUGCAUGCUUGGUGCGGCCCCUCGAGUUGGGCCAUUUUCAUUACUCAAUGCCAGACCCUUAAUCUUUCGGAUUUGGGUCUGGAUUUUCAGGCUAGUGCUUUACCAUGCUCAGUCCCAAAAUUGUAAAAAAAAAAAGAAGAAAAUGGAACAUAAGGAAACAUGAUUAGAUGAGCCAAGCAGCCAUUCAAUUACCUUUCAAUUGAAUGUUCUUGUCUUACGUUUUGUUUCCUCUUGGGGAAUACGCAUAUAUAUGGAAAUGUUGUCAUUUCCUAGAACAUCCUUAAAAGUGCCUCAAUAUAAUUGUUCUUUCACUUGCUAUUUCAUGCCACAUAUCCAGUGUUGAUCCUUACAACCCCACAGGUUAAGCUUAUUCAGUCAGCAUACUGUGCUCUGACUGGCUGAGGCAUCUACCAAGACCAAUGUCAAGUCUGUGGGGACAAUGAAGUGGCCCGAGUUUGGCCAAAGAUGUUGUGAAUGUUAUUUAUUCUUCUAUUUAUUUAUUGGCUGAUUGAGUUUGAUUUGAUUAUUGUGUAUUUAUCUAUUUAUCUCUCAGUCAUCAAUCUGUAUUUUUUAUUUUGGAGACACACAAGGGAUUUUUGUAAUUAAAAGGCCCACAUGAAAAUGUAUGUUUCUGUUAGGUGGGUCCUGUGAAUAGACUUGUACUAGAGUUGUAAAAAAAUUUAUUAGGGCUAAAUACUGCAGUUCAGUCAUGUAAUAAACACCUUUUUCUUAAAUAAACCACACUUGGAGAAGUUCC